UCGUUUCCGGCGGCCAUAUUGAUUUAAAAGUCAAGCAUCGAAAUUUCUUCUUACCACAGAUAUUUGAUUUAAAUUUAGAUUUAAUUAAUUCUACAAAGAAUUAGGAUUGUGAAAAUCAAAUAUUCAUAAUGGAUUCCCUCGUUGGUUAUGAAAGUGAUGACGAUAAUGAAUCUGAACGAUACGGACAACAGCCAUUGGUGGUGGCGAGUGGGAGCCGCAAGAAAGAAGAUGACACAAACUAUGACCAGGUCAACAUGGACUUGAGCGAGGAAUCUCAAGGCGGCGAGUCCGAGCCGGAGCUGCCGCAGGCGGAGUCCCACAGUUCGCGACACACGUCUAAGGAGGAUCGGCGAAGUUCUAAUGAUAGCCGUGAACACGAGCGCGCCCGUGACAGCGGCAAAGAUCGCGACCGUGAUCGUGAUCGUGACCGCCAACGUGAUCGCGACCGUGACCGUGAUGAUAAGCGGGACAAACGGCGUGAAUCACCGCGCAGGGACAGGGACCGUCGAUCACCACGGAGGGAUGAAAGACACAGGCCAGAACGUAGCGAUCGUCACCGCGAGCCGCCGCGUCGAGGCCUGCUCGGAGACAGGCCUGAUGAUAGACGACCCUCCACUGAUAGUAAGAUGCCUGCGCUAAUGGAUUUGAAGCCGUUUGGUGGAGAGGUCCCACCAUUGCCACUGAAGUCACAAGAUGCAAGAGACGCUGUGUCGCCCAGAUUUGUAGACCGGGACCGUCGCGACCGUGACCGAGACCGCGACCGCGACCAAGACCGUGGCCGUGACAAUGACCGUGAUCGUGGCCGUGACAUUGACCGUGAUCGUGGUCGUGAUAAUGACCGCGAUCGUGAGAGAGAUCGCGACAACCGACCCAACAGGCGGUCUGAAGAUAGGAGAUCAUCUGGUCGCGAGCGAGGCAAUGAAAGAUCCAGAUCUCGUGGUCACGCCUAUCCACCACCACACACAAUGACAAAUGAGAGAGAAAAGAGAUCGCCCACAUCUGGAGAGUACAGACCGUCCUCAUACAAGGUUAACAAGAAAUUGGAAGUUAUGGAAAAGAUGGGUCUCCAAAUAAAAACUCCAGACGGGUCUAUGGCCACUGCGCAACAGUUACGAGCGGCGGCCGGCGAGAAUCCGUCCGGCUUGCCAAAUUAUUGUUCAGGCUCGCUACAUGCUUCUAAGAUACUUGAUCAGGUGCAAAAACGCAAACUCCUGUGGGCGAACAAGGGUAAGCCGGCGGAGGAGGAGGCGGCCAAGUGGAGCGGCGCGCGGUUCGCGCAAGAUAAUGAUGGCCGACAGGUGUCCAAGUUCAUGCGGCUGAUGGGCAUACGGGACCCUGAUGCGGUAAAAAGCCCUGCGGCAGAAGGUGCAGAUCCGAACCAGAAGCAAGAGGAAUUGUUCAAAGCGAUGCAAGCGCAGUACGAAGUGGCGAGAGCCGCUACGCACACCAUGCGUGGUGUAGGCCUAGGUUUUCAGCGGGGACAGUUCUGAAGACAUUAAAGUGCGGUGUGAGCCUUGGUUUCCAAAAGGGGACAGUUUUGAAGACAUUAAAGUGUGUUGUGUGGGGCUCGCUUUCAGGAAAAAGCGGUACCUAUUGUAUAAUAUCUAUUGUAUAUUAUAAAAUCCGGCCUUUGUCUGGUAAUGAAGUUUUAAGAAUAUGACUAGUACAGUUAGAAUCAAGUAUUUUCCUAUUUUGAAAUAAAUUUAGUCAAUUGCACUUUCAUUUUUAUUAAGAUAGGCAUUUGCGUUGAAAUAAUUUAAUAUACUAUGGACUGUGCAG